AGAAACUGCAUCUGGAUUGGAGGAACAUAGUGGCUGACCCACAUUUUGCUCUCCUUUCUUCUUAGUAGCAUCCUGAAGGUUGUUGUUUUUUAAAAAGUUUUUGUUUAAAUUGACACUUCUUAAAAAGAAGGGCACAAAGUGUGUUCCCUCUCCUGCUCUACAAGCCAUGCCUCCACAGGAGCUAUUGGAUUACUCACCCACUUUGCGAAGAAGAAGAUGCAGCACCCCCAGAGGCAGUGGCUCAGAGCUGGGCAUCAAAUGUGUCCUCAUAGGGGAUGGGGCUGUGGGCAAAACCAGCCUGAUCGUAAGCUACACAACAAAUGGAUACCCAGACCAGUACCAGCCAACUGCGCUGGACACCUUCUCAGUUCAGGUCCUGGUGGAUGGUGCACCAGUUCGUAUCCAGCUAUGGGACACUGCAGGACAGGAAGAUUUUGAUUGCCUACGUGCUCUCUGUUACCCUGACACUGACGUCUUCUUGGUCUGCUUCAGUGUUGUGAACCCCACGUCUUUCCAAAACAUUACAGAGAAAUGGAUCCCUGAGAUAAGAACUCACAAACCUCAGACCCCAGUGGUGCUAGUGGGGACACAGGCUGAUCUGCGGGACGACGUCAAUGUGCUGAUCAGUCUGGACCGCUACCGGGUAAAGCCUGUGCCUAGAACUCAGGCUGAAGGACUGGCUGAGAAAAUCCGGGCUCAGACAUACGUGGAGUGCUCCGCUCUGACUCAAAAGAACCUGAAGGAGGUUUUUGACACGGCCAUUGUAAGCGCAGUGGAGCACAAAGCCCAGCAAGAAAAGAAAAUGACAGCCAAGGGAAUAAAAACUCUUUCCAAAUGUCGCUGGAAGAAAUUUUUCUGCUUUGUCUGAAGCUGGCUUGGUAAUGCACAGGCUUAAAAGCCAGUGCUGGACCUUGUAACCUUCUCUCCCAGAGAGUGAAGUGACUCACUAAUGGCUCCAGAUGAGGAGUAUGAUAAGCCAACAUGACCCAGAGCCCCAGAUCUUUCUGGGUUAUGGUAGAACUUGCCUGUGGGGCAGCAGGUGGACUUGUGUUGCACCAGGAUAUCCUGUGGUCCAGGUGACCUUUAAGCAGCUGGAAUGCCGCAUUUGUUGUUCAUGAAUGACCAGGCUUGUACUGUUAAAAAACUAGGCAGCGUAGGCAGUUUCUAGAACCUCCGAAAGAAUGUUAUGAUUAAUCUCUGAUGUAAAAUUUGAGUUAUAAU